CUUCCAUACUCCUCUCCUGCACAUACUGCCCACUGUUUUACCUUCCACACUCCUCUCCUGCACAUACUGCCCACUUUUAUACCUUCCACACUCCUCUCCUGCACAUACUGCCUGCUGUUUUACCUUCCACACUCCUCUCCUGCACAUACUGCCCGCUGUUAUACCUUCCACACUCCUCUCCUGCACAUACUGCCCACUGUUAUACCUUCCACACUCCUCUCCUGCACAUACUGCCCACUGUUUUACCUUCCACACUUCUCUCCUGCACAUACUGCCCACUGUUAUACCUUCCACACUCCUCUCCUGCACAUACUGCCCACUGUUAUACCUUCCACACUUCUCUCCUGCACAAACUGCCCACUGUUAUACCUUCCA